AUGGAGCAGCCAAAGCCCACCUUCCAAAUGCAGUCCAUUUUUGGCUGCAGAAGCAGACCAAAGGUAAACCACCAUCGAACUACAAUAAAAUUGUUGAACCGUGAUCACAGUUCAGAACUGGUUCGAGCCGCUUCAGAGGAUGGAGGCGAGUCUCUUGACGCUGAAGCAAACUAUCAAGAGGAAUUUUCCUGGUCUUCAGUUAUUUUGCCGUUUCUGUUCCCAGCUGUGGGUGGUUUAUUAUUUGGCUAUGACAUUGGCGCAACGUCUGGUGCGACAAUCUCCUUGCUGUCACCUGAGCUUAGCGGUACGACGUGGUUCAACCUUUCGGCUGUUCAACUAGGCCUUGUGGUUAGUGGUUCCCUUUACGGAGCUCUUCUUGGUUCCCUCCUCGUUUAUCCUCUGGCAGAUUUUCUUGGAAGGAGGAGGGAGCUCAUCAUGGCAGCCAUUUUGUAUGCAAUUGGCAGUGCUUCAACAGCCUAUGCCCCUGGUUUGGCUGUUCUCUUACUUGCCCGGCUUGUUUAUGGACUUGGAAUAGGCCUAGCAAUGCAUGGGGCUCCUCUUUACAUAGCAGAGACUUGUCCAGCACAAAUUCGGGGAACUUUGAUAUCUUUGAAAGAGCUGUUCAUAGUUCUGGGAAUUUUGCUGGGUUACUUUGUUGGGAGCUAUGAAAUUAAUGUCGUUGGAGGGUGGCAUUACAUGUAUGGACUAAGUGCUCCUAUUGCAUUGCUUAUGGGGAUAGGCAUGCUGUCUCUUCCACCAUCUCCCCGGUGGUUACUUCUCAGGGCAGUUCAAUGUAAAGGGCCCUUACAAGAGUUGAAAGAAAAGGCAAAACAUGCUUUGAGCAGACUAAGAGGCCGAGCUGCAGGCGAUAAAGUGUCUGAAAAGCAGAUAGAGGAAACCCUUACCUCAUUGAAAACUGCUUAUGCUGAUCAACAAUCUGAAGGGAGUGUCCUGGAGGUGUUUCAGGGUCCAAGUCUGAAAGCAUUUAUAAUUGGUGGAGGCCUGGUCCUUUUUCAACAGAUAACUGGGCAGCCAAGUGUUCUGUAUUAUGCUGGUCCAAUUCUUCAGACUGCUGGAUUUGCUGCUGCUUCUGAUGCUACGCGUCUUUCAGUUGUAAUUGGCACGUUUAAGUUGGUGAUGACAGGAAUUGCUGUUCUAAAAGUUGAUGAUCUUGGGCGUAGGCCAUUACUGAUUGGAGGUGUUGGUGGCAUCGCCUUGUCUUUGCUGCUUCUUUGGGCUUAUUACAUUCUUGGAGGUUAUCCUUUGGUUGCUGUGGGCUUACUUCUAUAUGUUGGUAGCUAUCAGGUAUCGUUUGGGCCUAUAAGUUGGCUUAUGGUGUCUGAGAUUUUCCCUCUACGAACUAGAGGAAAGGGGAUCAGUCUCGCAGUUCUUACGAAUUUCGGCUCAAACGCAAUAGUAACUUUUGCUUUCUCUCCACUGAAGGAGUUGCUUGGGGCUGCUAAUCUUUUUCUUCUGUUCGGUGCAAUUGCUCUAUUGUCGCUUGUGUUUGCGGUGGUAUAUGUCCCUGAGACCAAAGGCUUGAGCUUGGAAGAAAUCGAGUCCAAAAUUUUAAAGUGAAGGCUUAAUGCGUCAGGAUCUGUGAUUACUAGAUUCUAGUAACCUAACAGUUCUCUGAUUUGUAGAUAUUGUGUGACAACCUUGCAGUGAAGACUUGGAAAUGAGAUGUACUCAUUUAGAUGCCAUAAUACGAGGUAUUGUUCAAACCUUUCAUUUUGAUUUCUAAGGACUUAACUGAGAGACCAUCAAAAAUUUUUAAGGACUA